CCGGCCUCAAGAUGGCCGCCCUCUGGCGUCUCUAGCGCUGUUGAAUGGAGAAAGCUUUAUUGUUCCCUUCGGGUAGGAGUGUUCGUGUCCUCUAUGGCGCUGUCAAUAAAGAACGGCAGUUUGAAUCGGUCCUGAACAGGGAGACUGUGGAUUUUUAUGAAUGUAGACCUCAGAGCCAGACUGCCUGAGUUUGGAGCCCAGAUCUGCCGCAUGCUAGCUGUGUGACCUUAGGGGUGUACAGAAGUCCUCCUCGUCUGUGACACUCUACAUCUGUCUGUCUUGGAUCGCCUGCUGACCCUCACCAAGCGUUUCUGGAAGAAGAGAGGAAGGGGGUUCCUCGGACAGAGCUGACACGAUGGAGCUCCCCAACUACAGCCGGCAGCUGCUACAGAGGCUCUACACGCUGUGCAAGGAGCAGCAGCUCUGUGACUGCACCAUCUCCAUCGGGACCAUUUACUUCCGGGCCCACAAGCUGGUCCUGGCUGCUGCCAGCCUCCUGUUCAAAACCCUGCUGGACAACACAGACACCAUCUCCAUUGAUGCAUCCGUCGUGAGCCCCGAGGAGUUUGCCCUCUUGUUGGAAAUGAUGUACACCGGCAAACUGCCUGUGGGCAAGCACAACUUCUCCAAAAUCAUCUCCUUAGCCGACAGCCUCCAGAUGUUCGACGUGGCCGUUAGUUGUAAAAACCUUCUGGCCAGCCUCGUAAACUGCUCUGUCCAGGGUCAGGUAGUGAGGGACGUCUCCACACCACCAGAGCCGUCCAGGAAGGAGUCGGAGAAGCCUGAAACGGAAAUCCUUUCCUCCGAGGGUACUGGAGAGCAUCGCGCUUGCCCGGAGGUCUCCGCUCCUCCAGGGGGCCCCGUGAGAGCGGAGGUGAAACACGGGGUCCAUGCGGCGGUGCAAGAGAUGAGAGCGGAUCCUUCCGCUGCCCAGGAGCUUCAGGGGCACACAGACACCCCAGUGUCUCCUUCAGCUGAAGUUUGUCCCUCCUCCCCUGUUGUACAAACCUUUAGGGAGGCAAAGGAAGCAGAACAAGAGUAUGAGGGGAAACAUUACCAGCUGAAUUUUCUUCUAGAAAAUGAAAAAAUCUUUUCAGACGCACUCUUGAUUACCCAGGAUGUUUUAAAAAGACUAGAAGAGUGUUCAGAAAUUAAAGAUGUGCAGAAGCAGACCAUAAUGGGAUGCCUUGAGGGUGAAGGACAAUCAGCAUUUCAGAGAAUCCUGGAUAAAGUGAGAAGUGAGAGCCUGGAUGUUCAGACUGUUGUGUCCCUGUUGCGGCUGUACCAGGAUUCCAAUCCUGCAGUCAAGACAGCACUGUCAGACAGAAAGCCGGAGGCUGUAGAAGCAGUGCGGCCGAAAGCUCUUUCUCCCCCAGGGAGCACAGAGGAGGGAAAGACCUUGUCUGUUCUGUUACUGGAACACAAAGAGGACCUGAUCCGGUGUGUAACACAGCUGAGACCCAUUUUGGAGUUCCUGGAAACAGUGGAGGAGGAAUUCCUGCCUGGCUCUGAGAAAAGGGUGAUUCUGAAUUGCUGUGAGGGCCGAACACCCAAGGAGACAAUAGAAAAUUUGUUGCACAGAAUGUCUGAAGAGAAGACCCCGAGUGCUGAGAGUCUGGUAAAACUGCUGCAGGCUGUGAAGAUGGCGUUCCCAGACUUGGGCCUUCUGCUGGAGAACUUGCAGAAAUCAGCCGCUUUGCCGAGCACCACAGCCCAAGCAAACCCUGAUGAUUAUGGGAUUGAACUAUUGAGACGGUAUCAUGAGAACCUCUCUGAGAUUUUCACAGACAACCAGAUGUUACUAAGAAUGAUCCCACACGUGAAGAGCAUAGUCCCUGGAGAAAAAGAGGUCAUGGAGAAGCUCGUGAGACAUGGCGCUGGUUCUGGUGGUUUCCAUGCUCUGAUGUCAGCAGUUCUGGAGAAGCACACGGUGUCUGCAGCGGCCAUCUGGCAACUGCUCCUAGUGGCUCAGGAGAUAAAGCCCUGCCCGUUGAGUCUGCUCAUGGAGGAGAUACGAAGGGAGCCCGGCGCUAACGCUUUCUUCCGGGCAGUGAUGACCCCAGAAAGUGCUGCCUUCGAGACCAUCCUGAGGCAUCACAGUUUGAUCCUAGAGGCCAUCCAGCAAACGGCUCAACUCAAGUGCCUGGCCUCAGAGGAAGAGCAGCUGGCAGAGACCGUGAGAGAGAUUCUGAGCAGCUCCUCUGAGACAGCCAGCCCCGAAGCUUCCCUGGGAGCACUGCUGAGCAGAGCCGCAGAAAAAUCCAUCUCAGCCACUGAAAUAUGUCAGCUCCUGUGCAGCAUCCACAGAUCCUCCCCAGGCCUGCAGCCCGUCAUGCAGGAGUUAGCGUGCACUGGUUUCCUCACUCAGGAAAGGGGAGAGGAGGAAAGGUGGACACGGAGUGGUAAACUUCACUCUGAAGGCAAGGACGGAGCAGGUGAAAAGCCAGCUGGAGAAGACUGCCAGCCUGGAAAGCAGGAUGGUCAAGGAGAGACGGCCACCUUGCCCGAACAACAGGAGAAAGACGCGUCCACUUCCCCAGACUCGGCCAAGAAGAGCUUCGUCUGUAAGGCCUGCGACAAGAGCUUUCACUUCUAUUGCCGCCUCAAGGUGCACAUGAAGCGCUGCCGGGUGGCCAAGAGCAGGCAGGUGCAGUGUUCGGAGUGCAGCGAGACCAAGGGCUCCAAGAAGGAGCUGGAGAAGCAUCAGCUGGAGGCCCACGGCGCGGGCGGAGAGCCCAGCGUCCCCAAGAAGAAGAAGAAGAGGCUCCCGGUGACCUGUGACCUCUGUGGACGAGAAUUUGCUCAUGCCUCAGGCAUGCAGUAUCACAAACUGACGGAGCAUUUUGACGAGAAGCCAUUCUCCUGUGAAGAAUGUGGGGCAAAGUUUGCGGCCAAUUCUACCCUGAAGAACCACCUUCGCCUUCACACGGGGGACCGGCCGUUCAUGUGCAAGCACUGCCUGAUGACCUUCACCCAGGCCUCUGCCCUGGCCUACCACACCAAGAAGAAGCACUCAGAAGGGAAAAUGUAUGCCUGCCAGUACUGUGAUGCUGUGUUUGCCCAGUCCAUCGAGCUGUCCCGCCACGUGAGGACCCACACCGGCGACAAGCCGUAUGUCUGCAGAGACUGUGGCAAGGGCUUCCGGCAGGCCAACGGCCUUUCCAUCCACCUGCACACCUUUCACAACAUCGAAGACCCAUACGACUGCAAGAAGUGCAGGAUGAGCUUCCCCACCCUGCAGGACCACCGCAAGCACAUCCACGAGGUACACUCCAAGGAGUACCACCCCUGCCCGACGUGCGGCAAGAUCUUCAGCGCCCCAUCCAUGCUGGAGCGGCACAUGGUGACCCACGUCGGGGGGAAGCCUUUCAGCUGUGGGAUCUGCAACAAGGCCUACCAGCAACUGUCCGGCUUGUGGUACCACAAUCGGACCCACCACCCAGAUGUGUUUGCUGCUCAGAACCAUCGAUCUUCCAAGUUCUCGUCCCUCCAGUGCAGCUCCUGUGACAAAACCUUCCCCAACACGCUUGAACACAAGAAGCACAUCAAAACAGAGCAUGCAGACGUGAAGUUCCAUGAGUGUGACCAGUGCAAGGAGCUCUUCCCCACGCCAGCGCUGCUGCAGGUCCACAUCAAGUGCCAGCAUUCAGGGUCGCAGCCCUUCCGCUGCCUGUACUGUGCGGCCACCUUCCGCUUCCCAGGGGCCCUUCAGCACCACGUCACCACGGAGCACUUCAAACAGUCGGAGAGCACCUUCCCCUGUGAGCUCUGCGGGGAGCUCUUCACCUCACAGGCCCAGCUGGACUGCCACCUGGAGUCUGAACACCCGAAGGUGCUGGGCGCUGAAACCCAGUCGCAGAUGGUGCAGGUGAUCCAGACCCCAGAGCCUGUGGCCCCGACGGAGCAGGUGGUCACGUUGGAGGAGACCCAGCUUGCUGGCUCGCAGGUGUUCGUGACAUUGCCGGAUUCACAGACAGCCCAGACCAGCUCUGAGCUCGUGGCCGUGACCGUGGAGGACUUGCUGGACGGGACUGUCACCCUGAUCUGUGGGGAGGCCAAAUGAGUGGCUGCUCAUGGCGAGGGGGGUCCUGCGUGUGCAGUGGAGGAAAAGCUCCACACUUGCCUGUUGCCCUUCCUCCCUGGCACAGUAUUGAGCAUCUUAGCUUCGCACCAACCCAAGUGGUCUCCCUUGGGAAGGGGGCAGAAGCACGGCUGUUCUCAUAAAACCAGCUUCGGAGUCAUUGGCAGCCAACACGACCACCCCCCGUGGCCAGCAGGCCCGCUCCCCGCAGGCCUCCUGCGGCGGCCUCUGUGACCCUGUCCUGCAGGCGGAGUGAGGCUUCUGAAACAGAGGCUGAAGGAGCAGCGGAGCCAAGGCCGGCGGUCAGAGGGACAGGUGUGCCACGCCGGCAGCCCACAGUGUGUGGAGGGGCAGUUCCAGGUGGGACCGUGGCCCGCGGAGUGGGCCAGCACACCCUGCCAGGGCCUUCUGGCCAUUGGAAAGCGAGAGAACCGCACCGUCAGGCCGUGCAGGAUCCCUUUCCUCAUGUCUGGCAUCCUCCCAGCCCCCUGCAUGUCAGCCGUAGGCCUGGUAACAGCAUGCCCAUCAGGAAGGCCUCAUUUCCAGGCCGAGGCCCACCCCGUCGGUUCCAUCGGCCCUUCCCAUAGCCGUGCGGGUGUCCAGUGUGAGGCCACGUAGCUGCAAACCACGCCUGCCCUCCCGGAAACUCCUCAUGGUGUUCUGUGCUGGAGGCUGGUUCCCACAGUGUUUCCGUGGUGUCCUUAUCCCCUUUCCUUAAUCAAAGCCUCACGCUUCCACCCAGCCUGGAGGCCUCGGCUCCCGAUUCCUCCUGCUGCCCCGGUCUCCCCUGCCUGUGUGUAGCCCCACUCGCAGCGCCCUUCCCGGCUGCCAUGGGGAGUGCUGGCCAGCGGGCCUCUGGAGUCUGAAUUUCACAAAGCUUUUUUUUUUUUCUUCAGUUCCCAAAAUAUAAUCCGAUAAUUAAUGGUUUGUGGAAUCCAUUAUGAAGUGCAAUUAGAUAGAUAUAGGUUCCUGCCGUUCAGAGGGAAUGGCUAGCAUUUAUCUUCCUUUCCUUGAUGCCAGAAGGUUGAUGUCUGCGAGGGCAGCGUGUCCACGCCCAGCACGGCUCCCUGCCAGCUUGUGCGGCUGACCCCCUGUCUGAUCCCUCCACCUCACGAUACAGGCCACCCGAAGACAAGGCCACUGCUUCUCUCUAAGCACAUUUCACAUCACCAGACACCAGCAGGGGCAGGGGUCGGUUCGAGUCACGGUCAGUCCUUUUAUCGCCAUCACUCUUUGCCGGAAGGGCCAUAGUAUGGCCCUCACCACCGGCCCGCUCUCUGCAGGCAGCUCGGCAGCUCUCUCCCACCUCCCGCCCCGUGCUCAUUUUCUGUGCAAAUCGCUUGAGCUUGUCAGUUCAGGGAUCUUCCCGUUAGGAAGUAAAUGAAGUUUUCAAAGGCCAAUGACUGACCAGAAGAUGGUGCUCAAACCUUUAAGACUUGGCCUCCCUGUGAGGCCCUCGCUGCCUCUGCCAGGGCUGUCUCUGUCUUAAGUUUUCUCAGCCCCGUGAGCUGUCAGACCAGGACUGCUCUUGAUCAGCAAGUGUCGAGAUGACACCGAACCUCCGCUUGGCACCAGAUAAAACCCCAGUGAAAUUAUGGAGCUGCCCAACCUGCAGGGCGUGGAGGCCGAGCCUGGCAGAUAAGAAGGCCUGGUUACUUGGGAAUCGCAGCAGCAUCAAAACUUCUUCCAGACAAAAAGAGAAAAAAUGUAAAAAUUAA